AUGACGAAACUUUUAAUUGUUACGGUGUCGUUGCUUCUGCUGGUCGUUCUCUUCACGUCAUUACCGUCAGCUGCGAGUAACACCGCGACUCACAGAAGACGACUCGCCGUGUUCACGGCCUCGCUGAUGGACGAGAGUCCCGGCAGUCGCCUACAGCGAGAGAGCGCCGCCGCGUGGACCGCCUCCUCCAACGGCCCCAGCUUCCUGCGCCAGACCGUUCCCGCUGACUCAACCAACGACGCUGCUGACUCAUCCAGCGGUGCUGCUGACUCAUCCACCCCCACUGCUGGCUCAUCCAACGGUGCUGCUGAUUCCUCGUCUGCUGCGUCCGCGUCCUUGCCUCCACCACCUAAUUCCAAACAGCCCCCGGCCACUUCGCCUGGAAAGAGCACUUCCAGCGAGAACAAGCAGGCAAACUCACAGCCACCACAGCAGCAGCCGCAGCUGCAGCAGCAGCCACCGCAGCAGCAGGCGGUGCCAUUCGGGCAGGUGCUACCCACGCAGGGCGACCUGGCAUCGCUGCCAGACUGCACGCGGCAGCUUGCGGCGUUCCCCAAGCUCAACCGCUCCGAUGAGGCGGUCAGGCGCUUUGCGUGCAUCGCUGACACAUACCUUCACCCCUGGAUGGGCUCCAGCUUGCCCACCGCCUCUCCCUCCGGAAAAACUAAUAGCCCACACCUCAACAGCCCGUCCCUUUUCCCAUCCCUCCCCACCCUUGGUCCCCACGCCACCUACCAGUUCAUGUCGUGUUCAGGUCACAUCCGCAUCAUCGACGGGCAGGUUUUCUUCCGCUACGGGGGCUUCCACUACCAGUGGGACCGCCUGCACCGCUUCGUGCAGUCAGUCAAGCUCAUCCAGGCAGCUAUCCGCCACUACUCCCUGCUCGCCCUGCGCGCCGAGUUCUUCCUCUCCACCUGCGACCUCCCCAAGAGCUUCGACAGCUCUCUGAGUGGCAUCUUUGGCGGGCGGCCGAUUUUCAGCACAGAGUGGCUGCCGGGCACGCUGGACAUCAUCGUGCCUGAUCCGCUGGACCUUUCCGCAAGCUAUCAGGCUGGCAAGGACGCCAAGACCCCGUGGGAGCAGAAGGCAAGCAAGGCGGUGUUCAGGGGCGGGUUCACCAACUUCAAGCUGGGCCCCGACCACCGCUGGCGAGUCAGCCCGCGCUACCGCCUCCACCGAAUGACGGAUGUGCGCCCAGACCUGCUGGAUGCUCGAGUCAUGCGCCUGCUCGUGGAUGAUAAGACCAGAAGCAUGGCGAUGGGUGACGGGUUGAGCGAGGCGGCCAAGAUGGAGAAGGCGGAGUCGCAGCGCUUCAAGUACGAGGUCGUCGUGGACGGCGGCGCUGGCUCUUGCCGCACCUGUGGCGUGCUGGGCAGCGACCAGGCCAUGAUCAGGCAGGACACGCCCUUUGCGCAGUUCUACCAGCCGCUACUGCAGCCGUGGCGGCACUUCAUCCCCACGGACCACUUCUUUGGGGACCUCUUUGACCGCGUGGAGUGGGCGCGGCACCACGACCAGCAAGUGCGCCACAUGAUUGCCAACGCCCACCGUGUCGCCAGGUUGGGGUGCUCCCUGGAGGGCCGCACGCUCUACUGGGCCGUCCUCCUCGUCAAGUACGCCGCCCAGGCCCUGGAAGACCCCUCCGCAGUCACCCGCCCGGACGUCGUCUCCACAUGCCCUGCGCCGCCCGCUAGAGAGCGCAUGCGGCCGGCACAGGAGGAGAGUGAGAUUGUGAGGCCGGAGGCGGGGUGGCCGCCGGUGUGUGCGGAUAAGGACGUGGCGCGGGUGAAGCAGCCCCCCUGCACCUUCUUCUGUGUCAAGGGGCCCAUGCCGCGCAACAGGCAGGUCUGGCUCAAUGCGGACCUCUUUGACUCGGUUGACUUUGUGGGCCCGCAUGUUGCUGACAUGGAGGAGUAA